AUCUUUCAUUUCCAGUUCCAUUGUUGAGAGCUCGCGAACUAUCUGCUCCACCAAUCCAAGUGAAACAAAAACCGAGGGCGGCGUCACCGAUCCUCUUCACCGGCUGCCAAAAUAGAUUCCGAUCGCAAGCGCAAGAAAUCGGCUCAUUCGAUCUCCUCUACGGAUCGAACUGCGAAGGAAAAGCGUAGUACCAGCAAGAAAAACAAGAUGUCCUCUUCGGCGGCCACCGCUCAGGUUAGAGCAUCGCAUAUACUCAUAAAGCACCAAGGUUCGCGACGUCCUGCUUCCUGGAAAGAUCCGGAAGGCAGAAUUAUCAAGAAUACCACUCGUGAGAGCGCCGUCUCUCAGCUUACUGUCAUUCGAAACGACAUCAUUUCCGGCAAGGCUAAGUUUGAGGAUAUUGCUACUCGCAUCUCUGACUGCAGCUCUGCCAAGCGUGGCGGCGAUCUAGGUCCUUUCGGGCGUGGCCAGAUGCAGAAGCCUUUUGAAGAAGCAACAUAUGCCCUCAAGGUUGGAGAGAUAAGCGACAUUAUUGAUACUGACAGUGGAGUUCACAUCAUCAAGCGCACUGCUUAAACUUCUCUCAUGAAUCUCAUGGCUUUACUUAUGAAGCAUUUAACCUAUUGGGCCUUUGGCCAAAUCAAAGUUGUUCAAGUAAGAUUUGUUUCUUCUGCUUCACGCCACACGAAUUUCGUACUAUAAUACUCUUGAUAAUUCAUGUUGUGAUUUGGUUAUAGCUACUUUGUUUCAGUGACUCUGAAGUUCGAUGCUUUUUUAUGCCAUUGAAUUUUUGCCUUUGUAAACGCAACAACAUUAACAUUAAAGCUGGUUGUGGAUUUUAAAUUUAUCGUGCCUA